GCACGAGCAACCCCUUGAACCACUACAAUAUCAAACCCAUCUUCUAUUCACUUAUGUCCAGUUUUUCAUAGAACAUCUGUAAUAUACUGCAGAACAUUCAUCAUAGAUACACCAGAAAAAUUCUCAGUAAAUGUUUUAUGGGUUCAACUUUGUAAAACAACAACAACAACUUUCACAGCUUAAAAUACUGCAUUUCCCUCUCUUUUCAGCUCAGUUAUGGCUCAUUUCACCCAGGACUGAGCGAUAAAACCUAUUUCCCUUUUACCUACCAAAUGGUCCCAAACGACAAUACCCAGAAUGAAGGUAUAGUGCACUUGAUAAAAUAUUUGGGAUGGACAUGGAUUGGCCUUAUUGUUUCAGAUGAUGACAGUGGUGAACGGUUUGUGCAAAGUAUGAAAUGUAUGCUCAAUGAGAAUGGCAUCUGUGUUGCCUUUGCAGAGAAGGCACCAUUAGUCUUUCUCCAAUCCUCUAGUGCAUGGAAUAUAUUUUCUAAGGGAAAUAUCCUGGCAACACUUCAUAGGACCAAAGCCAAUGUGAUUGUUGCAGAUGGAGACACUUACUCAAUGCAAGGUUUACAGAUGAUGCUGUAUACUGAGUAUUACUUGGGAAGGAAACCCAAAGAGAAGGUUUGGAUUACCACAGUCCAGUGUGAUUUCACCUCAAGUGUUAUUUGGAAUAGCUGGAACCUGAAAUACUUCCAUGGCUCCUUGUUCAUGACAAUCCACAAAAACCAUGUACCAGGAUUUCAGAGUUUUCUCCAGAUGUAUGACCCUCACCAGCACCAAAAUAGUUUAUUUAUGAAAAUGUUUUGGGAAGCUGCAUUUCAGUGCAGAACUCUAAAUAAAAAGCACUGUACAGGCAAGGAAAAGUUAAAUAGUCUUCCUGGGACUGUGCUUGAAAUGAGCAUGUCUGAUCAGAGCUAUAGUAUCUACAAUGCAGUCCAUGCUUUGGCACAUGCUUUACAUGCUUUUCGUGCACAAGGGCAAAGAGUGAGGGGGAAACCUGCUGGAUUGGAUCAUUGGGCACCGCUGCCAUGGGAGGUAAUAUGAGAUAUUUAGUCUCAGUACUUUUGCAAUGGGUGGACUAGUGUUACACAUGUUGCUAGUGAAGGUCAGAAAUACUGAAUCUUUGAUGGACUUCAAACACCUUCGCUGAAGUCAUUUAGUAAAUAAGUAACCUUGGUGAAGUUUCACAGAUUUUCUGUGAAAGACUGCAAGUUCCCAAAUGAUGCUCAGUAGCUACUCUUAGAAUGAGAGAUGAUAUUUAUAAAUCCUGAGAUUUGGUUUUCCCAUCUAGCUCCAGGCAUUUUUGAGAAAAAUUCAUUUCAACAACAGUGCUGGGGAGGAGGUAUUCUUUAAUGAAAACAUGGAAUUGUCUACUGGAUCAUAUGAUAUUGUUAACUUGGUUACUUUUCCAAAUAAAUCUUUCAUCCGAGUAAGAGUUGGAAUGGUAGAUUUCCAGUCUUCUAAUGAAAAAAUUACCAUUAAGAAAGAUGUCAUUAUAUGGCCCAACAUCUUCAACCAGGUGGGUAAUUAAGAUUUUAAUAAUUUGCCAUUUUUCAUAGUUUCCCAAAAUCUGUGGGAUUCAAUCUAGAAAAUGAAAUGAAUGAGUUCCAUUGUUUCUCAAGACAUGAGGGUUUGGGGGGGGGGUUGGGUUUGUUUUGUUUUGUUUUUUUAAAUCCUCUCAAUUUGCCAUGAAAGAGCUUAUUCCCUUACCUCUAAUAACUAAAGGCUUUAGUGACGAAGAACUUGAUUUUGGCACAUACCAAAUUGACCUAUGUAGAAAAAAUAAAGAAACCUAAACUGCCUCUGUUAUUUGGAUCAACUGAAUCAACCUGAUAACUUCACUUUAAAAUGAUACAUAAAUAUCUCAAUGGUGGACCAGUUAGAUUACGCAUAGUACUUUGACAUUGCAUGUGAGUGGGACAAGGUUUUCUGCCCAAGUUUUAUACCUAGUUAUUUUAUUUUAAACACUGGAGUGUGAUCACUUUGUCUUUGUCUUUUUAAAACAGAGGUUAAAUAUACAACUUCAGGCUAAAAUACAGAGAAAUGAAUUUAUAACCUGAAAUUCACCGGACUGUAUUUUCUUAUUUUUAUGGUUAGGCAUUGCCUCCUUCUAUGUGCACUGAAAGAUGCCCCCCUGGAUACUACAAAAAAGUUCGUGAGAGUGAACCAUCUUGCUGCUAUUAUUGUUCUCAGUGCCCAGAGGGGACCAUUUCACACCAGACAGGUAGGUAAUUUCAGAGGCACUAUCCAAACUAUAUAUUUCAAAUAUUAAUUGUUUUUAAUAGACAGCCUAUAAUAUAUGCCUGGAUUUUUCAUUCAGAUCAAUUGGCUGCAUUGGAUAAGAUAAUGCAUAAUGUUAUGUUGACAAUGUGUGUGUGUGGUGGUGGGGUUAAAAAGUUAGCAUUCCACCACACAAAACCAACCAGACAUGAGCUGUAUAUUACUAGAUGCUUAACCUUUACAUGGUAUUUUCAGAUCAGUCAGAACACAAUGAUAAAAUGUUUUUGGCCUAAGGCUGAAAUAAAUAGGCACAUACAGCUAGGAUGAAAAAAGGAUCUAUUUAUUAAAUGUUACAUACAAAUCCUACAGAAAAAACUAUAGGGGAGGAAACUGGCUCAGACUAAGAAAUCCUGUGGCUGUAAAGGUGACAAAACCAUGCAAGCCUAUCCACUGACCGCUUACCUGAGCCACACACUGAAUGUGAGUAGAGGAAGUCUUAUAUCAUCACCACCCUUCAAGCCUUACUACUGUCUGAAUGAGGAAAUUUAGCAUCAACGACAGUCCCUAUCCUGCUCCCAGGCUGUGCAUCCUUCAGGUACAGCUUUGAGAGGGACCACCCAUCCACAAGGUAGCCUAAGUGAAGGGGUGCCAACUUGAAUAAAAUAUUGGGAGGGCAGGCAAGCCCUGCCCCACAUAAUCAAUCAUAUGACACGGUGCACGCAUACAAUUUGAAUGGUGAUGCCCAUCAACUUGCCCCACAAAUAUUUUAUGGGGGAGAGGGCUGAAGCCCCCUUGGCCCCUAAGAUUUUGCACCUAUGUCUAAGUGUGUCACCAGCCUGCCCUAUGAAGUUCCUUUUCCCACGUUUCUGCCAAAGUGACCAGAUUCACCUAUUUAAACACAUGAAACUGAAAUGCCAAAUUAAAUAUCAGCCAAUUGAACAAUAUCGUCAAAUCAACCAAUCAGCAUGACUAGCCAAGUAUUAAGGCAGCUCACCUAACAAUCUCCUAUUCCAAUCCUACAGUAUGGAAAAGGGGGGGGGGGGCUUUCUCACAAAUCUAGACAAGCCAGCCAAAAAUUCCUACUCAGCCCCAAAGUGACUACAGCAACCACAAUGCAGAAAAGGGUGGGAGGGUGCCAAACAAGGAAAAGGAGGCUGGAUGGGCUUAAAUAAUGCUCCUUUCAGUGUGUUGGUGUGCUGUACACACUAUGUCUGUUUUCACAUCAGCAAACCACAUAACAGUGGGGGCUUCAGUGCCAGCUGCAAAUUUUCCCCACUUCCCAAAACAAUAUCGGACAUCAGAAUAGGGAUUAUCUAGCUUUUGUAGAUUAUUGACUGAUGUGCUGUGUUGCAUGAUGUAGGCUGCAUGCUGAAAAGCUCUGCCAUACAGGAAAUUUAUGUGUGUUUUUUACAGAUGCAUAUCAGUGUGAAACAUGCCAAGAAGCUGAACAUCCAAACAAGAAACAAAACAGAUGUAUCCCUAAGGUUACAACUUUUCUCGCCUAUGAUGAACCUUUAGGGAAAGGGUUGGCUUCCACUGGACUUACUUUUGCUCUCCUCACAGUCCUGGUGCUUGCAACCUUCAUUAAACACCAGAAGACACCAGUUGUCAAAGCCAACAACCGGAGCCUUACCUACCUUCUGCUAAUCUCCCUUUUGCUUUGUUUCAUUUGCUCCUUGCUGUUCAUUGGACGACCCAGAAUAACAACCUGCCUUUUCCGACAAGCUGCUUUUGGAAACAUCUUUUCACUUGCACUUUCUUGUGUAUUGGCCAAAACAACCACUGUGGUUGUAGCAUUUAUGGCCAGAAGUCCUGGAAGCAAGAUGAGGAAAUGGGUGGGCAAGAGACUAUCCAACUACAUUAUCCUUUUUUGCUCUCUUAUUCAAGUUGUCAUCUGUGCCAUCUGGCUAUUCACAUCUGCCCCUUUCCCAGAUCUUGAUAUGGUCUCACAGUCUGGGCUGAUUGUAGUGCAAUGUAAUGAAGGCUCAGAUGCUAUGUUUUACAUGGUCCUGGGCUACAUGGGCCUUCAGGCCAGUAUCAGCUUCAUAGUGGCCUUCCUAGCCAGAAAGCUGCCUGAUAGUUUCAAUGAAGCCAAGUUUAUUACUUUUAGCAUGCUGGUGUUUUGCAGUGUUUGGAUAUCCUUCAUUCCAACCUAUCUGAGCACCAAGGGGAAAUACAUGGUGGCUGUGGAGAUCUUCUCUAUUUUGGUGUCCAGUGCUGGGUUACUUGGUUGCAUUUUUGCCCCCAAAAUGUUUAUUAUCUUUCUAAGGCCAGAAGUAAACACAAAGAACAAUUUCUUUAGAAAAAACAAUUUCACAAAAUAGCUUAGGGAAAUCACACUAUUCUAUUGCUAGAAACUGACUGCAUGAGAGGCACUGGUAUAAACACAGGAAUUUGUAGAGUCCUUCAUGGGUGCCCCUCUGUAUACAAGAGAAAAAACAUUGCAUUUAAAAAAAUCAGUUCAUGUGAUAGCACUGAAAUAAUUAGAGAGAUGCAUAAUGUAUGUUACACUUGAAAAUUUGUUGUAUAUGUGAUCUUGGUUGGCACACGCCCAAUAUAUUUUUUCUCUAGUGUGUUCACUAGGGAAAAGUGAGGAGGAAUUAAAGAACCUCUUAAUGAGGGUGAAAGAGGAGAGUGCAAAAGAUGGUCUGAAGCUCAACAUCAAAAAAACAAAGAUCAUGGCCACUGGUCCCAUCACCUCCUGGCAAAUAGAAGGGGAAGAAAUGGAGGCAGUGAGAGAUUUUAAUUUCCUGGGCUCCAUGAUAACUGCAGUUGCUGACAGCAGUCACAAAAUUAAAAGACGCCUGCUUCUUGAGAGAAAAGCAAUGACAAACCUAGACAGCAUCUUAAAAAGCAGAGACAUCACCUUGCCGACAAAGGUCUGUAUAGUUAAAGCUUGGUUUUCCCGGUAGUGAUGUAUGGAAGUGAGAGCUAGACCAUAAAGACGGUUGAUCGCUGAAGAAUUGAUGUUUUUGAAUUCUGGUGCUGGAGGAAACUCUUGAGAGUCCCAUGGUCUGCAAGAAGAUCAAACCUAUCCAUUCUUAAGGAAAUCAGCCCUGAGUGCUCACUGGAAGGACAGAUCCUGAAGUUGAGGCUCCAAUACUUUGGCCACCUCAUGAGAAGACUCCCUGAAAAAGACCCUGAUGUUUGGAAAUAUUGAGGGCACAAGGAGAAGGGAACAACAGAGGAUGAGAUGGUUGGACAGUGUUCUCGAAGCUACAAACAUGAGUUUGACCAAACUGCGGGAGGCAGUGGAAGACAGAAGUGCCUGGCAUACUCUGGUCCAUGGGGUCAUGACUAAACAACUAAACAACAACAGUGUGUUCACAAUUAUCACCCAAAUUUACACCCUUACAUAAAAAAAAUUCAUCCAGACUGGACUAUGAUAAUUCCCACUGUGCAUGCUGCCCUUUAAAAGUCCAGAAACUAAAAUUGACUACAAAAUUAGGCCAACUGAAAGGUGUUUAGGAGGGGUGGGGGUAGAAAUCAGGACAUAUCACUUUUCUGUCAUGUGCCAGGCAGGGUCAUCACC